UUUUUUUGUUCAUGCUUUUUUUCACGCCACUCUAUGUUGUCUCUUGCCUUUUCUUUCACAAUGACGACGGUGACUAGUUGACGCUGUAGUGGAGAGGAAAAAGUCCGCGGUGAUGGCGUUGAAAUAAUGGCCGAACUAAAAACUUAGGAGCCACGCUGUAAACCCGGAGACUCGCCCUAACUUGGCCAUCCCGUCCCAGCAAUAGAAUAACAAAACGAUGGCUCCCGUGCCUAUGCCCCCCUUUUGGCGUUUGUUUUCAGCUUUCCCCUCCUCGACGUUAACGAGGCUUACCUAUCGAUUCCUCUCAAAAUCUUCCCGGGGGAAGGUACAACAUCUCCACGGCGGUGAGUUUGUCCACCGUCCGGCCUGGUCGCUCUGACGCCCGAUGGCAAUGGUCUCUCCCUGGCCACCGACCCCAGCGGUCAAGUCAACUUUGUGGACAUGGUGGGCAACUUGCAAGGGGACUCCGGAAGAGGAUACUACAUAGAAAUGUUGAUUGGCACCCCCAGGACAACAGCUGAACAUCCUGGUGGACACAGGCAGUAGUAACUUUGCAGUGGCUGCAGCUUCACACCCUUUUAUUACUCACUUCUUCAACACUGCACUCUCUACUUCCUUCACCUCAGCCGGCCAAACAGUGGCUGUCAGGUACACCCAGGGCAACUGGAUGGGUGAACUGGGCGUCGACGCUGUCUCAAUUCCCAAAGGCCCAAAUGGCACCGUCACCAUCAACAUAGCCGCCAUCUUGUCAUCCGAGGGCUUCUUUCUCCCCGGCAUCAACUGGCAGGGCAUUCUCGGACUAGCCUACCCCAUGUUGGCUCGGCCAGAUGCAUCAGUGGAGCCCUUCUUCAACUCUGUGGUGAAGCAACUCGGCAUUCCUGAUGUCUUUUCCCUCCAAAUGUGCGGCACUGGAAUUUUAGCCGGCAGCUCAGCCGGCGCUCCGGGUGGGAGUCUUAUCAUGGGAGGGGCUGAACCCUCUCUGUAUCGGGGGUCAAUCUGGUACACUCCUAUAGUUGAGGAGUGGUACUACCAGGUGGAGGUUCUAAAGCUGGAGGUUGGUGACCAGAAUCUGGACCUGGACUGCAGAGAGUACAACAUGGAUAAAGCCAUAGUUGACAGCGGCACGACACUCCUGCGACUACCCGUCAAUGUCUUCAAUGCGGUGGUGGACGCCAUCACACGCAGCUCUCUGAUCCAGGAUUUCUCCUCUGGCUUCUGGGACGGCACCAAGCUGGCAUGCUGGAUGAGGGGAGAUACCCCCUGGAGGUUUUUCCCCAAACUGUCCAUCUACCUGAGGGAUACCAACGCCAGCCAAUCAUUCCGUAUCACCAUCCUGCCUCAGCUGUACAUCCAGCCAAUCACAGACGUGGACGGCACACUGGACUGCUACCGUUUUGGAGUGUCUUCGUCCGCUAAUGGCCUUGUGAUCGGAGCAACGGUGAUGGAGGGUUUCUAUGUGGUGUUUGAUCGUGCCCAGCGCAGACUGGGCUUUGCCCUCAGCAACUGUGCAGUCAGCGGUGAAGCGCCUCUGUCAGAAAUCGCCGGGCCCUUCUCGGCGGUGGACGUGGCGACCAACUGCUCGAGCGGAUGGCUGAAGGAGCCGCUGCUCUGGGUCAUCUCCUACGCGCUGAUGGCCGUCUGCGCCAUCAUCCUCAUCAUCCUGCUGCUGCUGCUGGUCCUGCCCUGCCGACGGCGAAGCUACUCGGGGGAAAUCACAGACGAGUCCUCGCUGGUGCGCCACCGCAUCAAGUGACUCAGGGGGAUUGUGCGGGCAGGGGGUGAGGGAAGCGCCGCCGCAGAGGCGGGAAAAGGCGCACGGCCGCGCACACGGGUGCACACGGAAGCAACGACCAUAUCACAGAGGAUUGAACCUUCCGGUAAACUCUCAAUAGACACUGCCUGUGAUGGACAAUGAACUAGUCUUGUUUUAACUCUGGAUUAGUCAACAGAAUGUGAAGGGACAGUUUAUCUCACAAGCUGUCUGGUGACAACUUGUGAGAUUCAGAAGUGACGUUCAUGGACAAAACAUUAUUCCAGAUGCUUUUAUUGUCUGCACCUGUCCAUCAGUGACGGGUGGUUCACCCUCUACUACCCCCCAAUACCCUGCUUGCGUGGUGAUGAAAAACAAUCACUGAUACUUUCAAGUCAUGUUUACAUUACACUUGACGAGUUUCUUUGCUAAAGAGAUUGUGCACUUUCAGAAACCACAAAAAAAAGAAAGUAGCCUUACAGUUCCCAAACAAGGGGAUUAAUAUCAUGUUGUAUCAGGACGGUGCCAAAAACAUACCAAAUCAACCCAGGUCUCAACGAACAGCAGUGCCUUCCCAUUAGCACUUCCUGUUUAUAGGACCAAUGAGGGUUUGCACUUAAAUCAAUGGUAAUAAUGCAGAAUGUUCAUGUAUUUUAACUAAUUAUAUCCAGUGUUUAUCUUUGUAUUUAAGUCUUGUUUUGAAUGUGAGUGUGUAUAGUGCUUUAGAUUUUUUUGGCACAUGCUGUAGAAUUGCCAUAAUUCAAACCAAAGCAUUUUUUAACUGCCACAGGCACAAUCAUGUAUGAGCCUCUAAUAUACAUACCGGUAUGUGAACCUAGGUAAGGACUCUAAUGCCAUCUAGUGGAUGAGCUGAAGAUUGCAAACAAAUUAAACAUGCUAAAUGAAGAAAGGUACAGUACACUGCAAUCAUAUAAAAUUCUCCUUUUUAUGAGUGUAUUUUUUUGAGUCCUGUAAAUAAAGAGCAUGUGACCAAAAUACACAAA